AUGGAGAACGUCUCUGAGGCUGCAGAAGAGUUGGUCGGGACCUUGGCUGGUACUGAGGAGGCCGAUGCGCAGACGGGCGAGGGUAGCAAGAUGACAUUGGAAGAGAGGAAGGCAAGGAUGGAGCAGCUCAGGCAAAAGAUGCGUACAUCCGCUCUUGCUAACCGCAAGUCUCUGAUCGAAGAAAGCACGAAGGCGAAAGUCACGGCCCGGGACGCUGCACGGCUAGAACGUCAACGAAAACUUGCUGAGGUCUUGCGUCAGAAGGCAGAUGCUGAGGAUCGUGGCGAGGAUGUCGAGCGGCAGAAAAAUUGGGAGUGGACCAUAGAAGAGAACGACGAGUGGGAGAAGAAGAAGGCACGUAAAGCGCGGCGAGCGGACUUUGAGUUCAACAACGAUGCCGACGCCGCACGAAGGCGGUACAAGAAGGAUCUAGAUCUAAUCAAGCCUGACCUCGAUGCAUACAACAGGCAGAAGGAAUUGGCGCUAGGACUGGCACCGGGAGCUCUGGCCAAAUCCGGCAACAGCUCUUCUCCGCUCAACAGUUUCGACCCUGGUGCGGGCUCAUCGUUGCAAGUCCUUCCCACAAGCGAGCAGCAACGAUUGGCAGCGGAGUAUUUGUAUCGUGAUGCUAACAGCCUGCUGUAUGCGGACAACAAGCCGAGUGAAGAAGCAAUAGAUCGUGUUAUCAGCAAAAUCAACCAAGACAUUGACAAGAAAAGCAAGUUUUCGAGGAAGAGGCACAACGAGGACGAAGGCGAUAUUACGUAUAUCAACGAACGGAAUCGUGUGUUCAACAAAAAGAUCGCACGGUAUUAUGACAAGUACACUGCCGAAAUUCGCGCGAGCUUUGAACGCGGAACAGCAUUAUAG